AUGGCCGCCUCGUCCUCCUCCGGCUCUUCUUUUACUUCUUCUUCUCUUGGCCGUCCGCCCUCCUACAGCCAACCCUACGCAAGUCCGCUUGACUCGACGUGGACACCGACUUCGGGUGCCUCAACCAUAUCAGCUCUUACCUCUGAAGCGUCAGCGCCUCAUGCCUCUCUCCGCCCUCUAGAUCUCGGUCCUCCGGGAUAUCAAGCAACUAUAACCCUGUUUGAAAACACCCCCAACGAGCGUACCGUCUACCUUGUGCCGUCCGAUGUUCCCGCCGACGUAUUUCCACAUACGCUCCACGCCCGCCACCGGCCAUAUACGGACCCCUGCGAGCUCGAGCUUUACGUCAGCUUUCGCGAGCCACAUCGUGUGAGGUAUACCACGGGAGAGGGCAGUGUGAUUCACGAUCAUCUGAUGGAGGUUAAGUACGAAUUUACGACUGUCGAGAGUUCUUUGCGCUUCCAGGGGGACAUCCGACGAAAGGACCUAAUCGACUAUUUUGACGUUGACGUGGUUUGGUCCGAUUUGCAUGGACGGACGGACGGUUUUGGCAAUGUGAGGGGCAUGGGCCUAGUCCAAAGGCUAAAGCUUUGGAGAGAUCGUUACUCUACUUACCACUCGUUGACCGUAUUUGCCAACCGCGCCGGCGGUCGCCAACAUCGGGAAUACGAGAUACACAACUUUGAAGGCGAGCUGCGGAAUCGUGACGACCGGCACCGCCAAGUGCGUCUCACAGUUCGUGGUAGUAGGCGCAGCAGUGCACCGGAUAGUAGCUCGUCGCGUUCGCGGUUUACGUUUUCACACCGCAUGCGCCCCAGAGUUCGUUCCGGUUCACAAGGUGGCGGAUCCAACUCUGAGGCAAUUUUAUCAUCGGGCACUCUUGAUAUUCGCUACCUAGGUAUUCAGUUCAGUAAGCGUGAAGAUUAUCGCAGAUUCCUCGAAAGCUGGGUUGUCGCACACAGUUCUGACAGCGAAUUCCACGGCAUCCCAUUUCCACCGCAUCACGUUGAACUACCAUCCCCACAUAUUCUUCCUGGCGAGAUGUUGGAGCUUCCAUCACCGGACAACUCCAGGGCCCUGCAGCCAGUUCUCGAACCUCCGGAUUCAUACGAGUCAGAUUCCACGCCGUAA